AUGGGAGCCCUGAGGUUGCUUUUCUGGGCUGGGCUGGGCUACCUGAGCUGCUGCUGUCCCCCACAGGCACAGGCACAGUUUCCCCGUGCCUGCAUGACGGUGGAAGCCCUUCGCCUGAAACGCUGCUGCCCGCCCCUGGGGACAGAGCCAGGCAAUAUCUGCGGGUCCCUGCAGGGCAGGGGACAGUGUGAGGGGGUGCAGGCAGACACUCAGCCCUGGAGUGGCCCCUACACUCUCCAAAAUGUGGAUGACCGUGAACGGUGGCCCCUCAAGUUCUUCAACCGCAGCUGUCACUGCACAGGAAACUUUGGUGGGUACAACUGUGGUGAAUGCAAGUUUGGCUGGACCGGCCCCGAAUGCAACAGGAGGAAGCCAGCAGUUGUCAGGAAGGACAUCCACUCCCUGACAGCAGAGGAGAGAGAGCAGUUCUUUGAUGCUCUAGACCGUGCCAAGACAACCAUUCACCCGGACUAUGUCAUUGCGACUCAGCACUGGAGAAGUCUGCUUGGUCCAAGUGGAGAUGAACCACAGAUUGCCAACUGCAGUAUCUAUAACUACUUUGUCUGGCUUCAUUACUACUCAGUCAGAGACACGCUCUUGGGUCCUGGCCGCCCCUUCAAAGGUAUUGAUUUCUCCCACCAAGGACCUGCCUUUGUUACUUGGCAUAGGUACCACUUGCUGUGGCUGGAGAGGGAACUGCAGCGCCUGAUGGGCAACGAGUCCUUUGCGCUGCCCUACUGGAAUUUCGCCACCGGCAGGAAUGAGUGUGACAUCUGCACGGACCAGCUCUUCGGGGCACCGCGGCCCGACGACCCGGGCUUGAUCAACCUGAGCUCCAGGUUCUCCCGGUGGCAAGUAGUUUGUAACAGUUUGGACGACUACAACCGCCUGGUCACGCUGUGCAAUGGCACUGAUGAGGGGCCCCUGCGGCGGAGGCCGCCCCGCGGCUCCAGCGAGCAGCUGCCCACCGCGGAAGAUGUCAGGAGGUGCCUUUCCCUGCAGGAGUUCGACAGACCCCCCUUUUUCCGCAAUUCCAGUUUCAGUUUCAGGAAUGCGCUGGAGGGCUUUGAUAAACCAGAUGGAGCCCUCGACUCGCCGAUGCUGAGCCUUCAUAACUUGGUUCACUCUUUCCUGAAUGGGACCAGUGCUCUCCCUCACGCAGCUGCCAAUGAUCCCAUCUUUGUGGUUCUGCACUCCUUUACUGAUGCCAUCUUUGAUGAGUGGAUGAAGCGUUUCAAGCCCCCUGACAACGCUUGGCCCGAGGAGCUGGCCCCCAUCGGGCACAACCGGCUGUAUAACAUGGUCCCGUUUUUCCCUCCGGUGACCAACGACGAGCUCUUCCAAACUGCGGAGCAGCUUGGCUACACCUACGCUAUCGACCUGCCAGGUUCCCUUGACGAAACCCAAGCAUGGGCUGUCAUGGUUGGAUCCACAAUUGGAGGAGCACUUGUAGCUCUGGCUGUGCUUGUUUUGCUGCUUGUGCUUUUCCAGCACCGAAGGCACAGAAGAGGUUUUGAACCCCUGAUGAAUGUGAGCUUCAGCCCCAAGAAGUACAUGGGAGAAGCCUAG